GCCAGUCAUCCGAGAUGCUGUGCAAAAGCUGCAACGACCUAGCAGAUGGACGGAGUAAAGAAGCCGAGCGACAUUCCGAACAGGCUCGCGGGCCAUCGUCAAGCCGCGUCCUCGUCCACCACGCGACGUGGGCCUCAUUCGAAGAUGCCGUCGGUGCUGGCUGUCACCUAUGUACCUCCAUACAUGAGGAACUGGUGGCAGAGCGUCUGAUACCUGACAGUCCCGAUACGGCGCGAUUGUAUGUGCAGGCUCACGCGCCUACAAGCAUGCCGAGUGGCACCCUUGAGUUCUCGCCGUCGAUAGCCUGUCGAACCGGAGCUAGCUUUUACCUGUUAAGGAACCAAGGCGACGAGCACGCGGAGUCUUUGCGCCUGGUAGAAGGUGACAUAGCCCAGGAGGAUAGGGUUCUCAGCACUACGAGAACUUGGCUUGGAGAUUGCAUUUUAAACCAUGCAGACUAUUGCGGGAAGGAUACGAAUGGGUUGGUUCCGACGAGGCUGCUUGACCUUGGGAGCCCAGGAAGUGAUGAAGUGCGGCUGUCAACGUCUGUUCCCGCCUAUGAGAAGUACGCCACUCUCAGUCAUUGCUGGGGAAAGUCCCAGAUCUUGACGCUGAGACGAGCCAAUUUGGAAUCCUUUCGGGCCGGUAUCCGAGUCAAGACGCUGCCCAAGACCUUUCGAGAUACCAUUUCCAUAUUGAGGAAACUUGGACUGCGUUAUCUCUGGAUUGAUUCCCUAUGCAUUAUUCAAGAUUCAGUUGACGACUGGCGAAAGGAGUCCAUCACGAUGGCUGAAGUCUAUCGCAACGGCGUCAUCAACAUUGCCGCGACGGCUGCUUCUGGUGGAAAUGAUGGGCUUUAUUUCGAACCUCACCCAAUUCACUCCAGGCAUCUUCGAAUAUCCUUCGCUCAGCCCAUCGACAGCACUCCCCCUGAGGAAACAACCAACGGGGAAAGAUCAAAUGUUGUGGAAACUGGAGACUACUUCCUUUUGAAUAGCAAAAUCUGGCAGCGUGGCGUCGAGGAGGCUCCUUUGAACACGCGCGGCUGGGUUCUACAGGAGCGCCUCUUCUCCCCGCGAGUUGUUCACUUUUCACGCCACCAGCUAUUUUGGCAAUGCGGCAUGGACUACCGAAUAGGACAGUUUGCGUUCUCGAAUGAUCGUAUAGGAUCCUUUGGCAAGGCCUACACCAACCGUGAUCCUCGCGCAUUUUCUCAAGUCCUUUGGCGUCUGAAAGGCAUGGCAAAGGAGGAGAAGGAUCCGUUCAUCCUCGAAGAGGCAUACCUUCCUUGGGAAGAAGUCGUGACGACGUACACGGCGCAGCACUUGACUAAAGGCGAGGACAAGCUUAUUGCAGUACAAGCGUUGGCGAAAGCUAUGGAGGAGGCGGUAGACGAUUGCUAUGUCGCAGGAUUAUGGGAGAGCCGGCUGGUUGAGGAUCUGCUGUGGGCUUGUUCGGCACCGGGUGAGAGGGCGACAUACUCGCGUCAGAUGACGUGGCGUGCUCCUACGUGGAGCUGGGCUUCGAUUGACGGCGGGGCGGUCAAGAAGGCAACGUUGACUGGGAGAUAUGCCGGGCGGAAAGUGUUUGAAGGAGAGGCUCUUAUCAAGAGUAUUAAGCACUACGUGGAGGGGCAUGACGGGGUGACGACGGGACAGCUCAAGAGUGCCCGUCUACAGCUCCAAGGUUGCCUUCUGAAGAGUGCCAUAUCCUGGAAAGGAGAAGCAGUGUUGAGCGACGGCCACGUCAAGGGCAUCAGAAUGAGAUCCCUCGAUCCUAGAAUUCGCACCUUCAUUGUUUGUCCAGACGAGUGGACCUGGGAUGGGAAUGGCAAACCCAACCAUGAACUGUCAGCAGGUAGCAUCCUGCUCCCGAUAGGUACCCAUCCCGCCUACAAUGCUGCCGGAACGGACCCGGCCCCGUGUAUUGAAGGUUUGAUAUUGCACGAUGCUGGUCAAGAAGGAAGUCUAUCGUUCUAUCGCGCAGGCUACUUCAAGCUGGUCGCGGAAGGGACCAUGAUCAACGCUUGUUUGACAGGGGAAGAAGGAGCAAUGUUUACGAGGCACGAGAGCGCGUCUGGCGAUGGAGCUUGUACUUUGAACUUGUUCUGA